AUGGGUACAUUGACCAUCGCUAUUUACUUAAGUGAUACUAGCGAUUGGUUCCCACACCGAUCAUUAUUUCCUAUUAAAACCAUUUACAGGUCGAGAGCCUCCCCUCUCCCCAGCUUAUCUCUUUCAUUCAAUCUCUUUUUCCGCCUUUUACAAGAUUCGCGAUUCGCAGCCACCGCCGUUCAAGAUCCGCAGCCGCUGCCAAUCGGAGGAGGAUUUGAAGAGCUUCGCCAAUCUCGUCUAUUCCAUCCAAAAAUCUCGCUCUCUCCCAUUGUUGUCCAAUCAUCGUCUAUUAAUGAUAAUCCAUUAUUAUCUUUCAACUCUAUGAAACAUUUAUUGGGUUCCAAGAGAGGUGACAAAGUUAAGAAACUUGAUAAAGUGAAAAAUUAUCUUUCUAAAUAUGGUUAUUUUGGUCCCUCCUCCAAGGAUGGUUGUUACCAAACGAGUAGUUUCACAUCGAACGACUCUAAUAUUUUGGAUCACGCCAUGGAGAAAGCAAUUAAAAAAUUUCAACAGUUUUUUCGUCUCAAUGUUUCGGGGAUUUUAGACGAGAAAACUUUGUCACUGAUGGUUAAACCCCGGUGCAGCUUCCCUGAUUUGGUUAAUGAAUGUCUCAUCAAACACGGGGUGAAGUUAGUUCGGGACCCUUAUAAAAGUGGUUUGAACUACAAUAUGUAUGGAUUACCUAGGUGGUCGAAACUCCGACUAUCCUGGGCUGUAGCACCCGGAACGCGAUCAGACGCUAUUAAUCCAAUUACUUAUGCGCUUUACAGUUGGCAAAAGGUCACGAAGUUCAAUUUUAUAAGAAGUGAUGCUUAUAGAAAUGCAGAUAUUCAACUAAGUUUCACUAGUUACCCUAGUGAGGAUUAUUACCCAUUUCUACAGGACUCAACAAUGAUGGCUUACGCAUAUCAUCCCCCUGUAGGAAAGCUCCAUUUCAGGGCAGACCUUCCUUGGUCGAACGGAGCAAGGCGUUUGUUGCCUUGGGAAAGGGACAUUGAAACAGUUGCGGUGCAUGAGCUAGGACACAUACUUGGUCUUAUGCAUAGUAGUGAUCCUUCUGCCGUAAUGUGGCCAUAUGCAAAACGAGGGGUUACCAAAAGAAUUUUACAGCGUGAUGACAUCUACGCAAUUAACGCAUUGUACAACAACUUUCGUUACUAA